UAAAGUAAAUGAUAUAAAUGGCUGCCGCCUGCCGGUAUUUUCUGCUGUUUCCCGAUAACCGAGCUUUUUCAUGAUUUAUUGAAUUAUUGUUCUUGAAAUUAAAGUAUUAGUAAAGUAUAUAGAUAUUAACUGAAAAUGGCAUCUUUGGAUCUUUUAACGCCUCAUUUAUCAAAAAUAAAUAUUCCCUCAUCUCAGCAACUGGUAUAUAAGGAUGAAUGUGUAUAUUCCUUUGACAAUCCGGAAUCAGAAACUGGUCUCUAUGUGUCCCUGACAUCAUUCUUAGGCUUUGGCAGAAACUAUGUUGAACAAUACUACCAGAAAACUGGAAAUGCAGUAUUUUUGCAUAUUGCAAGGGAAAAGCAGCCGAUACCCGAACAAGAGCAAACAGGCGAUGGUCCUGAAAAAAAGAUUACCCGCUUGGCGAUUGGUGUGGAGGGAGGUUUUGAUCCGGAUUCUGGCAAACCUAAAUUCACAUACACAGAUCAUUAUAAUGUUGUUGUGUUGCCUGGCUUUCACACAUUUCCCUGGCCUAAUGACGCUUUGCCUGAAGUUGUAAAAAAGUCUGUCCGAGGUGUGUUGGAUGCCGAGUCACCGUUCAAAAAGGCUGAAAUGGCAGCAUUACAGGGUACAUGGGAUGGCGAGAAACGAGAAGUUUCAGUGCAUGCAUUUAAUUUGACUCAGCUGGACAAUGGUGUGAAGAUACCACCGACCGGGUGGAAGUGUGCCAAGUGUGAUCUCUCCAACAACCUGUGGCUCAACCUCACGGACGGGUCCAUACUCUGCGGGCGGAAGUUCUUCGAUGGAUCUGGAGGGAAUGACCACGCUGUGGAACAUUUCCGCGCUACGGGGUAUCCGUUAGCGGUGAAGCUCGGUACGAUCACUGCGGACGGUAAGGGAGACGUGUUCUCGUACGACGAAGAUGAUAUGGUCGAGGACCCGCACCUCGCCGAGCAUCUCAAACACUUCGGAAUCAACGUGCAGCAAUUGCAGAAGACAGAGAAAUCGAUGGUGGAGCUAGAGCUGGAGUUGAACCGACGCAACGGAGAGUGGAACACGCUGCAGGAGAGCAGCAGCGAACUGAGGCCGCUGCACGGGCCAGCACUCACGGGACUCAACAACCUGGGCAACUCUUGCUACAUGAACAGUGUUCUGCAGGUUAUAUUUCGCAUGCCAGAGUUCGUGAGGCGCUUCGUCGACGGAGCGUCUGAAAUAUUCGCAACAUUUCCGGCAGACCCCGUAAAUGACUUCAAUGUGCAAACAGCGAAAGUUGGUGUUGGCUUGCUAUCGGGACGGUAUUCAUUCCCAGAUGAAGCAGAGGGUGGCCAGAGGGGCAUAUCACCUCACAUGUACAGGCAGCUCAUUGGGAAGGGCCACCCUGAGUUUAUGACAAAAAGACAACAGGAUGCUCAUGAGUUUUUUCUGCACUUUCUUAUGUUGCUGGAGCGCAACAGCCGUAACAAACCUAACCCGGCGGAGUGCCUCAAGUUGUUGGUAGAGGAGCGCAUAGAGUGCAGCGAGUCUCAUAACGUGGUGUACAACUCGCGAGCAGAGUGUCACCUGCCGCUGCCCGUGCCGCUCGCGGCCGCUACCAACGUGCCGCAGGUGCGCGACUACGAGGCCAGGCGGGCGCAGGCUGAGGCGAGCGGCCAGAGACUUGAUCCUUCGCAAGUCAUAAGGCCUCACAUACCAUUCACCUCUUGCCUGGAAAGCUUCAUGAAGGAGGAGUCUGUGGAGAUGUUCUUCAGUGCGGCACUCAACAAAAAAGUCACAGCGCACAAAACUACGCGCUUGGCAACGUUUCCGGACUAUUUGCUGAUACAACUGAAGAAAUUCACUAUAAAGGAGGACUGGACACCCGCUAAGUUAGAUGUGGCUGUUGAAAUGCCGUGGGAGGUUGACUUAUCUUGUCUGCGAGGCAUGGGGCUGCAAGACGGGGAGACAUUGAUGCCCAGUGCGGCGCCCGACGCUCCCGCAAUACAACUGGAUGAAAAUCUGCUGACACAACUGUUAGACAUGGGAUUCCCGGUGGAGGCCUGCAAAAAGUCCCUCUACUACACCAACAACUCGGGGAUGGAGGCCGCCUCCAACUGGCUUAUGGAGCACAUGAAUGACUGGGACUUUGCGAACAAGUUUGAUCCCCCCGGCUCUAAGAGUACUGACGCUGGAGUCAGUAUACCGGUGGAUCCGGACAGCGUGGAACAGAUAACGGGUAUGGGGUUCACGGCGGCACAGGCGGCUCAAGCUCUGCGGGCGACCGGCGGAGACGUGGCCCGCGCACUCGACUGGAUCUUCAGCCACGUGGACCAGAUGGAGGAGCAGCCGCCUGCCAGCGACCGCAAGCAGGGCUGCAGGGACGGCGCCGAGAAGUACAGACUGGUGGCGUUCAUAUCUCACAUGGGAACCUCAACGAUGGUAGGACACUAUGUAUGCCACAUCCUGCACGAAGGACGCUGGGUCAUAUUUAAUGACAAUAAGGUUGCUCUCUCGGAAAACCCUCCCAAGGAUCUCGGGUAUUUGUACUUAUAUGAAAGACUGUGAUGAUGUGCUGAUACCAAAUAAUAUUAUCCAACUAUUCUGUUGACAAUUAAUAUGUUUUUAAGGAAGCUUACCAAGAAUUACUCAAAAAAAGGCAGGCUUUAUAUUUAUAUUUUAAAGAAAAUCUCACUUCAAGCUUGUUUUUUUUACAUAAUUUCAUUGAUGUCUCGCUAAUGAUUUUUUCCUUAUUGUAUAAAUAAUUAUUGUAAAUGUUCUGUUUAGGGAAGUGUAAGAGGUAUAACAUUCUUUUCAGUGAAGAUGUUUCAAUAUUUAUAACUUCAUAAAUAAAAUUGAAUAAACAAUUUGUCUUAAGCUUUUAAAUCUUGACAUAACUAAGGUUUGACGCUAUGAUGGCCGGUUUGACAUAUUAUAUUUUUAAUAUUUUUUACAAAGGAAGAUUUAGCGCAUGAUCCUAACCAGGGAAUAAGUUUUUGACUCACCCUUUUAGUGGUUAAAUUUUAUUAAAUGCCCUAGGAGCAGAUAGCCUAUAAUAUAAUAUUGCAUGCUUCUUAGAUUGAAAGGACUUCAACCAUUUCCUCUCAUUUUAUCCUUUGAGAGGAAGUUUCUUUUGGUGAAAUUUCCAAAUAUCUCUUUGUUUAACAUUUAUAUUUAUUCUCUGCUUUGAUGAGUCAUUCAGGUCAAGUUUAAUUAUCUGUGUCGAUAUAAUAUGGUAUGAUGUAAAAUCCAAAAUCAACAACUUCCUUAUUUAUUAACAUUAAAGAAACAUGAGCAAUUUUGAGACUGCUAUCAUAGGGUGCAUAUUAGAAAGGUAUCAAUAAUUUCUGUUGGUUUAAUGAGUUAGCUACCAAUAUUGUUCCAAGUUAUGUAUUGGAAUCCAAGGCAAAAUAACGACAACAUUUGUAUACAUUAUAUACAACGAAAUAAAUUAUUAUUUUAAAA